ACGAAAACACAAACAUAUAUUUAUUUUAUUUAUAUUUAUUACACACUAAUUUAAUCAAAAAUCGUUUAUUUCAGUUUUUUGAACUAUGGACAGGCUUGAAUAUAUUGAAGCUCGAUUAUUUGAAGGAGAAAACUAUUUAAAACGAGAGAAAAAUGUGAAAAUAUAUGACGGCGAUGAUAAGACACAAUAUGUCGAUGGUGAAGUUGUGCUCACAACGCAUAGAAUUUUAUGGGGAAAGGCAGGUGACAUACCCAAAGGACUUACAUGUUUAUCUCUUCCAUUGUAUUAUGUAUUUUGUUUGGAAGAGGAGAGUGGCGGUGUGUUCGGUCUUGGUGGCCCAAAGAGAAUUAUUUUACAUUUGGGUCCAGCACUUCCAGGUAAAAGGCCAGGCCCAGCAGUAGUAAGUCCAUACCACUUUGUCAAGUUUUCAUUCAAAGAUGGAAUUGAUCCUCUUUUUUAUAAAGCAUUGUCUGAUGCUGUAAAUGCUAAAGCAUGGGAACGAACAACUCCACUGACAUCUCCAAGCUCAGAAUCUGCAGUGGCAUCCACAAGACCUUCAGUUGCUCCUGUAAGCUCGAAGAUUAGAUCAGGAAUUGUAGGUAUUGAAAGAAGUAUAGAGGAACAACAUAGAGCUACUGAUGAAAGUAUUAGUGUUGCAUUCCAAGAUUUAAGAAAGCUUAUGGAGAAGGCUAAAGAAAUGGUGUCAAUAUCGAAGACAAUAUCAACUAAAAUUAGGGAGAAACAAGGAGAUAUAUCUGAAGAUGACACAGUUAGAUUCAAAUCAUACCUCAUGAGCUUAGGUAUUGAUGAUCCAGUCACAAGAGAUACAUUCCGAUCAGACUCUGAUUACUAUGUAGGGUUAGCACAGCAGAUUUCAGAUAUGAUGGUGGCAGUAUUAAUGGACUGUGGUGGUAUAAUGUCACUUGCUGAUGUAUGGUGCAGAGUCAACAGAGCAAGAGGCUUGGAGCUUAUAUCACCUGAGGACUUGUUAAAUGCUUGCAAAUUAUUGCAAUCAAUUGAUGCACCAAUGUCACUUAGAAAGUUUCCUAGUGGCGCGUGUGUUCUGCAACUGAACUCUCAGAGAGACGAAGAAGUUGCUAGAAGUACUAGUCAAUUGCUUGAAGAAAAUGGUACUCUCACACCUGUGAAGUUAUCUCAAUUAGCCAAUGUGUCGCUGUUGUUGGCUCGAGAAAGACUGUUCACUACUGAACGUCUUGGCCUAGCCUGCAGAGACGAAUCUAUAGAAGGACUAGCUUUCUAUCCCAAUUUGUUCCUUACUAAAACAUAAGUGUACACAUUUAAUAAAUUAUAUAUUGUUU